AUGAAGCUCAUCUCGCUCCUUGCUCUUGCCUCCGUAGCAGCAGCCCUUCCAGCCUACGAGGUCAGAUCGCCCAAGAUUGGAUGGUGUGGCAACCGUCCCUGCAUCACGAAGCGUGAGCCAGCGGAGACUGGAGAAGACAGUGCCCAGAUCGGAUGGUGCGGAACUCGGGUUUGCAUUACGAAGCGUGAGCCCGAAGAGAGUACUGCUCAAGAAGACGAUGGCGAAGUCAGCGCGAAAAUUGGAUGGUGCGGCACUCGUACCUGCGUGACGAAGCGCCAGCCCGAGCCCGAGCCCGAGCCCGAAGAGAGCACUGCUCAGGAAGACGACGGUGAAGUCAGCGCGAAAAUCGGAUGGUGCGGUAACCGUGUAUGCAUCACCAAGCGUGAGCCCGAAGAGAGUGCUAGUGAGCAAGAGGAUGGCGAAGUCAGCGCCAAAAUCGGGUGGUGCGGCACUCGUACCUGCGUGACGAAGCGCGAGGCAGUUCCACAAAGCCCUUGCUGCUUUCAAAGAGGACGAACAGUGGCGCCUCAGGGAUCGCAAUUUCGCCUGACUAUCACACCGCAUGAAGUCGAUGAACUGACGGAAUCGUGGGGCGGCCUGAUGAGUCCGUUCUACGCCGAUCGCAAACUGUACGACUUGUCGAGCGAAGACGGCUGGAAGGAGCAGCGAAGUGCGCAGAUAAUAGUCGGGUUGGCGUCGGAUUGUUUGGCCCUGGUGUUGGCUUUGUUUAUCACAGUCGUCGCAGCGGUGCCCAGGCUGUUAAGGAAGAAGAGUGUAGACAACUCUGGGAGGAAAACACUAUUUCUCCUUGUCGCGGCUUUUGGACUGCUUCCCACAACCUUCUUCCGCUUGAUAAUUAGUGCACAUUACAUCUUUUAUAACUGGAAUGUUGUGGCUGACGAGGGCGAAUGGCUUCAGUGGUAUAAUUCAUUCACCUUCGACGAUAACGGCAUCUCGCCAAUCAGCACGACUUAG